AUGGCAUCUGCCGUUGAAGCCGCAAAGCGCGCUGCGGCUCAGGUCGCUGUGAAGAACCACUACCCCGCGAACGCCAAAUAUGUCGGCAUUGGUAGCGGUACCACCAUCGUCUACGUAGUCGAAGCCAUCAAGGCAUUGGGCGUGGACACUUCAUUGACCAAAUACGUUCCUACCGGAUACCAGUCGAAACAGCUCAUCAUCUCCGCCGGUCUAACAGCUGUAACCUUCGAUACGCUUCCGGAAGGCACUGUUCUGGAUGUUGCCUUUGACGGUGCUGAUGAGGUGGACGAUGAACUAAACUGCAUCAAAGGCGGGGGUGCCUGUCUGUUUCAAGAGAAAAUCGUGGCCCUUCAAGCAAAGGAAUUCAUCUGCGUUGCCGACUCGCGGAAGCUUCAGCCCCGUCUGCUCAAAUCAUGGAAAUACAUUCCCAUCGAGGUUGCCCCCAUCGCCGCCAACCGUGUUCUCACCAAGCUCAGGGAGAUGGGAAGCAUCAACCCCACCAUCCGCAUGAACACGACCCCCAAGGAGGGUCCCCUGAAGACAGACCAGGACUUCUUCAUCAUCGAUGCUCCCUUCCAGGCGUUGCUGACCAAGGCGGACGUUGCUGCAGGCCAGGAUGGCAGUGGGAAGAACGGUGUCUGGGAAGUGAACGCUCUUUCUCGAGCGAUCAAAGAGAUUGUGGGUGUCUUGGAGGUCGGGAUCUUCUCUGGUCUGACCGGUCCCCAAACACAAGCUCUGGGCGGACUGGGUGGUGAAAAGCCCGUCGCAGCUUAUUUUGGAAUGCCGGAUGGCUCUGUCUCCUCGAGACAUGCUACUGCUUGA